AUGCCCGCCGCCUCACGCACUGAUCGCCCACUGGGCCGGCAACGCCCCGUGUGCUUCCACGACAACGGCAUCAACCCCAAGACUGGCAAGAAGCAGUGCAAGGUGUGCCUGGAGGAUCCCGCAGGGCAGUUCCCUGUGUACAUCAGCGCCGCGGGCAAGUGUACCAGGUGCACCACUGCUUCCGACGGGUGCAUCUCCUGCAACUCCAAGGGCCAGUGCAACGACUGCAAUUGGGGCCUCUUCCUGACCCCCAAGCGCCAGUGCGCCCCGUGCUCCGCCGACGGCAGCUGCAAGCAGUGCCUGACCCAGACCACGUGCCUGCGGUGCAACGACGGCUGGUACCUGAACGCCGCCACCAAGAAGUGCGUGCCGUGCAAGGGAGGCAAGGGCUGCGGGCGCUGCGACAAGAUGGGCACCUGCCAGGUCUGCAAGGAGGGAUUCCUGUUCAAGUCGGCCACCAAGACCUGCGACGCCUGCAAGGACCCGCUGUGUGCUGUCUGCACCCCCACCACCGGCAAGUGCACCAAGUGCAUCGACGGCAGCGACUUCCGUAUCCCCGUCGACAUCUGGCAGGACUCCAAGGGCGUGUGCCGCAGCUGCUCGGUGACCGGUGGCCCCAGCUGCAAGGUGUGCAACCACUCGACCGGCAAGUGCCGCCAGUGCUGGGACAACUUUGGCUUGAGCGGCGUCAAGUGCAAGACCUGCAAAGACUCGCACUGCUUUCAGUGCAAUGGAGAUACCGCCAUCUGCAAGCAGUGCUUCAAUGGCUUCCGUCUCAUCAAGGGCGCCUGCCUGGAGUAG